AUGAGGCUCCUCCGCAGACGGCACAUGACCCUGCGGCUGGCCAUGGUGGGCAGUGCCUUCAUGCUUUUCCUCUUCAUCCGGCAAAAGGACACAAGUAGCAGGAAGCAGACCACCGAGAAACCAUGGCUGAAGUCUCUGGUGAACCAGAAGGAUCACAUGCUGGACAUCAUGCUAGGGGCUGUGAACAACCUUAGAGAUUCAAUGCCCAAGCUUCAGAUCAGGGCUCCAGAGCCCCAGCAGGCUCCAGUCUCCAAAAAUCAGUCCUGCCUGCCUGGCUUCUAUACCCCAGCUGAGCUGAAGCCUUUCUGGGAACGGCCCCCACAGGACCCCAACAGCCCUGGGGCAGACGGAACCCCAUUUAAGAAGAGUGAGUGGACCCCCCUGGAGAUCCAGGAAAAGGAAGAGGGCUAUAAGAAGCACUGCUUCAAUGCCUUUGCCAGUGACCGGAUCUCCCUGCACAGGGCCCUGGGGCCAGACACCCGACCCCCUGAGUGUGUGGACCAGAAAUUCCCGCGCUGCCCCCCACUGCUCAGCACCAGUGUCAUUAUUGUGUUCCACAAUGAGGCCUGGUCCACGCUGCUGAGAACGGUGUACAGCGUCUUAUACACCAGCCCUGCCAUCUUGCUGAAGGAGAUCAUACUGGUGGAUGAUGCCAGCACUGAGGAGUACUUGAAGGAGAAGCUGGAGCAGUAUGUGCAGCAGCUGCAGAUCGUAAGGGUGGUGCGGCAGGAGGAGCGGAAGGGGCUGAUCACUGCUCGGCUGCUGGGCGCCAGCGUGGCGCAGGGAGAGGUGCUCACGUUCCUGGAUGCCCACUGUGAGUGCUUCCAUGGCUGGCUGGAGCCCUUGUUGGCUCGAAUUGCUGAGGACAAGACAACAGUGGUGAGUCCAGACAUUGUUACCAUCGACUUGAAUACUUUUGCAUUCUUCAAGCCUGUCCAGCAGGGCAGAGCCCACAGCCGUGGCAACUUUGACUGGAGCCUGACCUUUGGCUGGGAGACUCUGCCUGACCAUGAGAAGCAGAGGCGCAAGGAUGAGACCUACCCCAUCAAGUCCCCGACAUUUGCUGGUGGCCUCUUCUCCAUCUCCAAGUCCUACUUUGAACACAUCGGUACCUAUGAUAAUCAGAUGGAGAUCUGGGGAGGGGAGAACGUGGAAAUGUCCUUGCGGGUGUGGCAGUGUGGAGGCCAGCUGGAGAUCAUCCCCUGCUCUGUGGUAGGCCAUGUGUUCCGUACCAAGAGUCCCCACACCUUCCCCAAGGGCACCAGUGUCAUUGCUCGCAACCAAGUGCGCCUGGCUGAGGUCUGGCUGGAUAACUACAAGAAGAUUUUCUACAGGAGAAAUCUGCAGGCAGCAAAGAUGGCCCAAGAGAAAUCCUUUGGUGACAUUUCGGAACGACUGCGGCUGCGGGAACAACUACAUUGCCACAACUUCUCCUGGUUCCUUCACAACAUCUACCCAGAGAUGUUUGUUCCUGACCUGAAUCCCAUCUUCUAUGGAGCUAUCAAGAACCUCGGCAUUGAUCAGUGCCUGGAUGUGGGUGAGAAUAACCAUGGGGGGAAGCCCCUCAUCAUGUAUUCCUGCCAUGGCCUCGGUGGCAAUCAGUACUUUGAGUACACAACCCAGAGGGACCUUCGCCACAAUGUCGCAAAGCAGCUGUGUCUACAUGCCAGCGCUAGAACACUGGGCCUUCGGAAAUGUCAGUUCACUGGCAAAAAUAGCCACGUGCCCAAGGAUGAGGAAUGGGAAUUGACCCAGGAUCACCUCAUCAGGAACUCAGGAUCUGGUACCUGCCUGACAUCCCAGGACAAAAAACCAACUAUGGCCCCCUGUGAUCCCAGGGACACCCACCAGCUCUGGCUCUUUGUCUAGGCCCUGGAUCAUCCCCAGCAAGCUCCUGCGAUCCUCUCAGGAAACCGGAUUGCUGAUGUCUGACAAACUGACACUAGCUCCUCAAUAGGCCUUAAAAAUGGAUU